UGCUCCCAAUUAUUUCACUGUGUACGGUCACACAAAUUAUUGCUUAGAUUUUUGCUGCAGGCAGAAAACGGAACUCUGCGUAAAAAUAAUAAUACGGAGUAGAUAAAUAAUUGAAAUUGUUUAGUGCGAUCCGACAAAGCGCUCAACCCGUCGUCGCCGUCGGACGUGCAAUGUUUAGGAUCCGUGUCAAAAUGGGUCCGCAACGUAAUCACAACAACAACAAUAAUAACGGGAAUGGGAAUAGCAAUCAUGCCCGUGUCAACAAGGAGUGGACGUGCUGCUUUGGCCUGCAUGUGCAUACGGCCACACUGAUGAUUGGCCUUUGGCAUCUGUUCCUCAACAUACUGGCCCUCAGCGUUUUGGCUGUCAUUUGGCGCAAUCCGGAUAUGAUGGAUGAAUUGGAGAGUGGUAGUCAUGAUUUCACCGUCGAUCUAAAUGCACCCGCAUUGCCCACACCGUUGAGCAAGGUGGAUCCGCCCUAUGCGUAUCGCGAUCAUUCGCUCAACUAUCGUAAGCGUUACCAGAACUUUGAUAUGGGUGGACUGGUAUGCACCUGCAUGAUAGCCAUAACGCUGAUGAUGAUCUACGGCACCAUCAAGGGGAAACCCUCGCACUUGCUGCCGUUCUUCUGUCUGCAACUGUUUGACUUUGCCAUCACCACAUUGACCGCCGCUGGUUACCUCUGCUAUCUACAGGCCAUUCAUCGUAUUAUUGCCGAAUCGCAUCGAUUGCCGUGGCGCGAGAAGUUGCUGGAGUUACCCCCUGAGGAACUGGUUGUCGUUGUUCUCGUCGUCUUUGUGUGCAUUGUGUUUCUAAAGGCGUAUUGCAUUGGCAUUGUUUGGCGCUGCUACAAAUACUUGACACUGCGUCAGCAGCAUUUGCGUAGUUUGCUGCCCUGCGUCCUGCCUGAAAUGGUUGUCCAUGGCGGGGUUGGUGGUGCCGGUGGCUUUGGUUCGGAGGAGCAGCGAGCCUAUUCGACGCUGCUGCCCAAUUAUGAUGAGGCGAUUGCUCAGUACUUGAAACAGGCACCGCCGCCAUCCUAUCAGGUGGCCAUGUCCAACUAUCAAAAUGAGGAUGAGGGUGCCUCUGGCGGUGCUGGGCAUGCUGCUGCAGAUGGUGGCAGCACUCCGCUCUUUGUGGCACUCGAUGGGCAUGCUGUUAGUGCUGGCGCCGCCAAUCUGGAUGACAACCUGGACAACAACAACGACACACCCAACAACAACAAUACGGUUCAUGUGAAUGCCAACACGCCACCAAUGCGACGCAGUGAGCAACCCAAUUCUGGCGAUGCCACCGUCUCCGACGAUAAUAAUGAGAAUGUCGGUGAUAAUGAUGAGGACGAGGACGACGAUGAUGAUGAUGAUGAUACGGAUCUGGAGAUCAUCGAUGCUGGCGUGGAUAUAGUCGAAGGUGUGGUGCCACCACCGCCCUACAACAACGAUAAUAUUGCCGAGGCUCAGUUGCAGCAGAUGCAGAUGGCGCUCAAUCGUCAGGUGAACAUACCCGGUCAGGUGGUGCCUGGGCACAACGAGAGUCAGGCCUAAGUUGUGAUUUCAUUAAGGUUUUUUUAAAUUAUUAUUAUUAUAUUGUGUUGUAAGCAAAAAACAUAACACAAAAAAAUCUCCCCUUGCGACCGAAACGCUUCUUCCUCUCUUGCCCAAAAACACAAAAAGAUAGCACAACUUUUCGACUUCUGUUUUCUAAAUAAAAUGUUCCAAACGUGCAGUAGAUAUGUAUUCUACCAAUUCAGAUUCGUUUUUUUAAAUACAUUAUCCGCACACUUGUACGCAUAACAUAUACAAAUAUUGUAUGUAUUAACAUAUUGAGAAAAAAAUGUUUUUUGAAUAUUAUCAAUGAAAAAUACAAAAAAUUACCUUUAAAAAUGUAAACCACUAGCAGUCGCAUAUUGUUGUUUAACGUAAAAAAAAAGAAGAAAAACAAAAGGAUACCCUCUCAUAUAUAAACGAAUAUUCUAUGAAUUUUGCUCUAGACAUUUCUAUAUAUAUACUUAUGCUUAUGUCGUGCAUAUUUGGCAACAAUUUUUGUUAUAGAUUUGCCACUCGUAUGUAUUUUAAGUCUAUUCCGUUUGGCACUGGUUUUGAAUUUAGUUAACCUGUGGAUUUUACCUAGUUAAGCGCAAGUAGUUGUUACCAAAAAGAAAAAGAAAAUGAAAAUAAGAGAGUCAAGCGGAAGUUACAAGAAUCUAAAUGGGAAGUCUUAUCUAUGCAAACGUAUGUUCUACUUAUGUUUUAAGCUAACUUGUAAGCCUCUGUGCAUAUUUGAUACAUGGAUACAUAAUUAUAUAUAUAACAAUGUGUACAAUUUUUUGUUGUAUUUUACUUUGUGUAUCAAUUAUUAAAUUACACUGGCAUCCAAGAAAAUAAAAAAAGAAUAAGAAAAAAUCAAUAUUUUAUGUAUGUACAAUAUCUAUAUGUAUACUGUAUACUAAAUAUGCAGAGAUAUUCUAAUAAAUAUUAGUUUAAAAUACAA